AUGAUCCAGUCCACCCCCUCACGCUAUAGCUCUGAGUCUUUCUUGGCUUCGGUGUGGAUCUUCCGCCGGGUCUGGUACGAACGCUUCCUCAGAUAUGCCCACUUCCCCCAACUGCCCUCGUCUCUGCUCUGGGGCCACCUGAAGAUCUAUCAUGAGAUCACGCAGCGCGGGCUCCUCGACCGCGAUCAUGACCACAUCUUCUCCCAGAUCCAUGAAACGCUGGGACGGCCACCGGUGAUCCUGUUUGAUUAUCGGCCGAUCUGCCGGCCGGUGCUGGUGAUCGCUAGCCACGAAGUGGCCGAGCAAAUCUCGCGGUCCAGCAAGCAGUUCCGCUUCAGCGUGCCGAAACUGGGCCUGGGCUUCCUGGAGCCCGUCAUCGGACACACCUCGAUCCUGUCCGCCGAGGGCGAGGACUGGAAGGCAUUGCGCAAGACAUUCAACCCCUGGUUCUCCCUCCAGCACCUGCUGUCCCUCAUGCCCACCAUCCUGGAGCAGACGACAGGCUUCGUCAAGCAACUGGACGCCCUCGCCGCCACUGGGGGCGCCGCCUCCCUGGUCACCCUCACCACGAACCUCAUGUACGACAUUAUCGGCGCCGCCAUCUUUGAUGUGGAUCUGGAUGCCCAGCACCUGGACCCGCGCCACCAGGGAGACCUGGUGCCCGCUUUCAACCAUCUCAUUGACGCCUACUGGGACGACAAGAUCCAUCUACCCUGGUUCUUCAACCCGGUCAACGCUUUCAAGCGCCGUCGCCGCGGCGCCCGCGUCCAUCGCCUCCUACAAUCCAUCGUCCGGCGCAAGCAUGCGGAGCUGCAGUGGCAGCAGCAGGCUGCUUCGGCAUCGGCAGCUGAAAAGGCCCCGCAACUGCCGCCCAGCAUCAUUGCCCUCGGCCUCCAGCAGGCGGGGGACAACCUGACGCCCGCCCUACUAGACCAGACCUGCGACCAGCUCGGCACCUUCCUGCUAGGCGGCCACGACUCGCCCAGCGCGACGCUCGCGUGGGCUCUAUACGAGCUGUCGCGCACGCCGCGCGCGCAAGCAGCCGUACGCGCCGAACUCGACUCCCUCUUCGGGCCGGACAGCGACGCGGUGGCCGUCCACGCAGCGCUAGCAUCACCAGCAGAGGGCCCCGAUCUCCUGCGCCGCAUGGUCUAUCUCGAGGCCGUGCUCAAGGAAACGCUGCGGCUGCACACGCCGGCGUCUACGGCGCGGUACGCCGCCCCGGACUCCGGACUCGUCGUGCGCAUCCCGCCAAACACCACGAGCACAUCAGAGCAGGGAGACGAGUUAUGCCUUGACGACCUCAUUCUCUACAACUGCAACGCCAUCAUCCAUAGCGACCCCGCCGUCUUCGGGCCCAGCGCCAACGAGUUCCGACCGGAGCGGUGGCUUGUGGCGGACGACGACAAAGCAAAUAACCCAGCGAUCCCCGCGAGCGCGUGGCGCCCGUACGAACGGGGCCCGCGCGCUUGCAUCGGCCAGGAGUUCGCGCGCAUUGCGAUGCGCGUCAUUCUGGCCGUCGUGGCGAGGCAGUAUGAGUUCACCAAGGUGGGGCUGGGCGCGGUGGUGCGCGAGGCCACGACCGGGCGGCCGGUUCUGCGGCCCGAUGGGCAAUUCAAGGUCGAGUCGCAGGUGUACACGACACGACAGAUCACCGCUAGACCGGUUGAUGGGUUGAUGAUGACAGUCAGACGAGUUGCACAAACACAUAAAGGACGUUUGUAG